AUGGCUUUCAGGGGGGCCGAAGGUAGAUCCAGAGGUCUACUUUGUGCUUGGAAUAAAAACAAAUUUGUGGCGACAAGCACGUGGGAUACGGCGGGAGCAGUGAUCGUGCAAGGGAAUGGAGUCGAAAGCAACCAAAGCUUUUGUCUCAUUAAUGUGUAUGCCCCUCAAGCUUCUGCUGAAAAGGGUGAUCUUUGGGACAAAUUACAGAUUGUGGCGGCACAGAAUAAGGAUAGAUGUGUUUGCAUUAUGGGGGAUUUCAAUGUUAUUCGGGAGGCAAGUGAAAGGGCUGGGAGAGGUGAGUCUUUUGGCACUUCUGAUAUGUCGAGAUUCAACAAUUUCAUUCGGGACAGUGAGUUGUGUGAAGUUAGGACACAAGGUAGGCGAUUCACUUGGUAUCAAGCAAAUGGGGGGUGUAAAAGCAAACUUGACAGGUUUCUGAUCAAUGAUUUUUGGAAUGUCUCAUGGCCAUCUUCGGUGGGCAGGUGUCUUCAGAGGCCGGUCUCUGAUCAUUGUCCAAUAUUACUCUCGACAAAGACGGUGGAUUGGGGGCCAAAACCGUUUCGAUUUAUCAAUGCAUGGACUUCUCACCCGGAGUUCCUCCCCGUCGUUCAGAAUGUUUGGGAUGAGCAGAAUGUUGAGGGAUGGGGCUGGUUUGUUUUCAAGGAGAAAUUGAAAAGGACGAAGUUUGCUCUGAAAGAAUGGAAUAAGAACUGUUUUGGUCUCUUCGAUAAUGAGAUCGACCGGGGAAAGGAAUAG